AUGGCCGAAUCGCCACUUAGAAUUAUUAUCGUCGGCGGCUCGGUAACAGGGCUGACACUGGCACAUUGUCUUGAUCGAGCAGGAAUAGAUUACAUCGUGCUGGAGAAACAUAAGGAAAUUCAUCCGCAGAUUGGCGCAUCAGUAAUCAUUUUUCCCAACGGAGGUCGAAUUCUAGAGCAGUUGGGUCUGUAUCAGAGGAUAGAAGGGUUAACUCAGAAGAUCAGACGGAUCCAUACAUGCUUUCCGGACGGAUUUCAUUAUGAGAGUAAUGUCCCUGAGCUGGUGAAGGAGUUGUUCGGCAUGGACUUUGCUAUUUUGGAGCGAAGGCAGCUUCUUGAAGUCUUGUACAUGGGACUACGGGACAAAUCCAGAGUGCAUACCGGUAAGCAGGUGACCAGUGUGCUGCCCACUGAGUCUGGUGUUUCGGUGACAACAGCAGACGGGGCCAGAUAUGAUGGUGAUCUCGUUGUGGGAGCGGAUGGAGUGCAUAGCUUCGUCCGGUCGGAGAUGUGGCGUAUCGCGGAUCUCGAGCAUCCAGGGCUUAUAUCAAAGAAGGAAAAGACUGACAUGACGGUGGAAUUUGCCUGUGUUUUCGGUAUCUCAAAUCCAGUAGAAGGGGUCAAGUCUUGGGAACAUGUCAUUAGAUACAACCCCGGCGUGACACUCUUUGUGUUUCCUGGAACGGAUAAUGGCAUCUUCUGGCUCUUGUUUCGGAAGCUGGACAAAAGGUAUACCUAUCCCGACACUCCUCGGUUCACAAAGGAGGAUGCGAUCUCCACGUGUGAAUCAUUAGCCGACCUUGCUGUGUGGGAGCACAUCCGUUUCAGUGAUAUCUGGGGGCAACGACGAACUUUCCACAUGACAGCUUUGGAGGAAGGCUUGCUAGGGACAUGGCACUAUGGCCGUAUAGUCUGCAUUGGAGACAGUGUCAGCAAGAUGACCCCUAAUCAAGGGCAAGGGGCUAAUACAGCCAUUGAGGCUGCAGCUGGCCUGACGAAUGUGUUGUUCUCCUUAAACCAGAAUACCGAGGGAAAGCGCCCAUCGGAGGAUGAAAUUCAGCGGGGACUCGGCCACUUCAACACGACACAAUUUCAACGCCUGUUAGCGAUCCAUCAAAGCUCUGAGUUCCUUACUCGGCUCCAGGCCUGUGAUGGGUUGGCGAAAUCGGUAUUUGCCCGAUAUGUGGCGCCAUAUUGUGGAGGUACUAUUGAGGGAAUUUCUGGACUGGCGACGACUGGCACCGUCCUUGAAUUUGUCCCCCUUGCAGAACGCUCUGGAAAGCAUUGGUCACCCAUAUCCUCUUGGGCGCCAUGGAUAUCCAAGAUGGCGUAUUUGGGAACUCGAACAUUCGUUGGCCUAGCGAUUGCAUCACUUCCAGCAGGCUUUGCGUGGACAUUGUACAAAAUAGCUAUUCCUAGAGUGCUGCGUAGAUGA